UGACGUCACCGUCUCCGCUGUCUGAACUCUGGGUAGGCUGCGGUCGAGGCUCCGCUCCCCCACCGAACCGAGCCGCCGCUGCCAACGCCCGGCUGAGCAGACAGCCCUGAACCCACACGGAGGGACGCUGAUAGCAAACCGGUGUCGCAAGUAGGACCAGAGAGCACAACGAUGCAGACUAUCAAAUGUGUGGUGGUUGGUGAUGGGGCAGUGGGAAAAACUUGCCUACUGAUUUCCUACACAACCAAUAAAUUCCCCUCUGAAUAUGUGCCAACAGUGUUUGAUAACUAUGCAGUGACUGUAAUGAUCGGGGGUGAGCCAUACACCCUCGGCUUAUUUGAUACAGCAGGCCAGGAGGAUUACGACAGGUUACGGCCUUUAAGCUACCCUCAGACAGACGUUUUCUUAGUCUGCUUCUCAGUUGUUUCACCCUCAUCAUUUGAAAACGUUAAAGAAAAGUGGGUCCCUGAAAUAACUCACCACUGCCCCAAGACCCCGUUCCUGCUUGUUGGGACUCAGAUUGACCUGCGAGAUGAUCCAUCCACAGUGGAGAGACUAGCCAAGAACAAACAGAAACCCAUCACUCCGGAGACGGCAGAGAAGCUGGCCCGGGACCUGAAGGCAGUCAAAUACGUCGAGUGCUCAGCUCUGACGCAGAAAGGAUUAAAGAAUGUGUUUGAUGAGGCAAUACUGGCUGCCUUGGAGCCCCCUGAACCUAAGAAAAGACGUAAAUGCGUUCUGCUCUGAGUUCUCUUCCAGCCUUGUCUUCUAGCACCACCUCCUAAAGCUAGCUUAACAGUAUUGCCGAGAUCCACACCUCUGAAGCUGUAAAACCACAUUCCGCAAGUUGACAUGUUGAGAUAUCUUAGCCUUCCUCACACCCUUUACCAGUUCAGAGUGUUGACAGAGGAUUUGGAGAUGCAGUACCUAAACAGUUUGUCUUAGAUUAUUUUGACCUUGCAAAACAGUUUCAUGACAUAAACACUGGAUGUUUGUAAUUCUAACAAUUCACCACGAGUCAGUAUGAUAAGUGUUGUAGACACAUGCACACCACCGUUGAGCUGCAGUGCUAACAUGUUUACAGCUGCUCAUUGUGGUCCAAGUGUAGACCUGAUGGUUUACUGAAAUAAUGCAAGUUUUAUCGAACCACUUUUGAAAUGAUGUAGAUGUUGUGAAAUGACCUGUGGUUGUAAUGUCCAGGAGUGACCGACUAGAGCCGGAGGCCGUAGAGAGCUCCCGGUAAUGGUGAUGGCAAGAAAAGAACGUGUGUCAGUGAAUGAGUGGGAUGCUGUAGUGCUGUCUUUAAUACAUGUGUCUUCUGUCCAGCACUUCCCCACACUGUUGUUUUCACACAAGUUCCGUUAGCAUUGUCCCACUAUGCUACAUGUGCAUUCCUGGCAUUUGUUGCUUCCCGCUCAGUAUUACUUAUGGUGACAGUGCUCAUGUUUUUAUUUUAGUCUUCCAUCACUUUUAACUUGAAGUCACUGGCUUUUUUUUUUCUUUUUUUUUUUUAAAAGCCAUCAGCCUUCUAAGAAAAUGAUGGAAUAUGAAAAUUGCACAUUCCAAGUCUGGUAAGAUUUUCCAAAAUUGUAAAUGUCUCCCAGGUUUCGCAAAGGCCAUGGAAAUUUGCUCCUUUCUUAUCUAGUCGGGUGUUCAAUCUCUAGUGGCCUUGUUGGGAAAUCGAAGGUAUUGAGACUUACGGGAGCGAGCCAAAACUACCUUAUUAUUCCCUCUGAAGUCCUAGUUAGCUUACCAUACCACGACCAGGGACACUCAAACCUGCUGUUUAUGCCGAUAAAUGAAAUUGUUUGAAAUGUUUUUUUGUUUUUGUUUUUUUAAAGAAUAAUCAUGUUGGUCUUGAUUGAUGGGGAUUUUUCACCUUAUUCAAUUAAUAGGAUUUUGUUACCUUCCUAAUUUGAGAAAUACUAAGCACAAAAUGACCUCUAAAUGACUCACCGCAGGCCUGUUUUUGGUAGGCAGGGCUUCACGGGGGUCAUGGUGAUUUAAGUGUGUCCUAACCUCAAAUAAACAAAUAUUGAAUUGGUCAACUUUAAUCGGGUGAGUUUGAAUCGUGAUUUUUUUUAUUUCUAUGUUAAGCUAAUUUUUUUGUACCUGAGGGGGAGAAAAAUGCACUACAUGUAAACUAAAAUGUAAUGCCAACCUGCUACACCAGGUGGCGUAUGGAACAUUUAAAGGUCAAGAAAUAUAAAUCCGUCCUCAGUAUUUGCUCUAUAAACUGCUUAAAUGACCCUCACUGAAAUCCAGUUAGCGUAACAAGUCUGAUGUAAUUGUUUAGGUUUUGUCUUAUUUGCCAAUGAAAACGUGAAGUUAGGCUGAAAGCAAGUUUAGAAAUGACUAAGCUGUGGAUUUACAUAAGUUCCUUUGGAUUGUCUGACUUGUUCUAUUUUACCUGAAAAUCAUACUGUAUCUGAGGUGUGACAACAUGGUUUACCGGGACAAAAAAUAAAAAACAGUAUCAUCAAUAAACCUUUCUUUAA